AUGUUCCUACGCACACCUGCAGCCUCUAGGAUACAUUCUCAAUCCCUUCCCAUCAGAUGUUGGAUCGUAAGGUUAUGUCUAUUUGUGUGAAUUUGAUAUAGGUCAGCUCCUAGCAAAGGCUCACCCAGCUUCCAAACUAGAGAGGGCCUCGCGCACUUCGGUACACCCCCCCCUUCUUAGUAUACUUACUAGCUUAUAAGGAUCACGAAGAACACUUUAAAAGAAUGUAUUAGUUUUAGGAGUAUCAAUUAGAGACAUUAUAAUGAUCACCCAUCACAUCUUAGAAGAAAUUAUUGUAUGUCCUAUUACUUAUAAAAAGUAAGUAACUUUAUUUCAAAUGUAGAGCAAAUGAAUAUACAUCGUCUACCAAGGCAUAAAACGUAUCCAAUUAGGCAACUAAUUCAACCAUCUACUUUAUCUCCAAUCUACUUCAACUUCUUCCAUCAUACAAUAUAUAUCUUCAAAUGGAUGCAUAUCUCAUGUCUCCACAAGAUAAAAAGUAAAUCUAAAUAUUUCAGAAAAACAAUUUUCAUACUUUAAGCGCAUCUAUCAUUUCUUAUAUUUUUGUAUUUUUGAACAAAAGUAUAGAAGAUAAACUCUCUUAAAACCUAUGUUUAGACUAUGUAGCUAUUUUUCAAUGUCAUUGAAUAUUUUUGUAAAUAUAGAAUUUUUUCACUAUGAUUAUAAGUUUAACUCUGAAUAUUGUUCAAAUUUUAUAUGAAAUUAAAGUUAAACAUUAAAUUAGAAACAUGUUUUUAUUGGACUUACAUGGGCCAUUGAAAGAACCAAGAAUAUGGAUUUAAUUGAUUUUUUUCAUGGAAAAUACAUAAUUAAUCUUUCAUUAGGGUCUAAAGAGUGAAAUCAAUUCCUAAGAAGACUCCCUGAACAAGGACAUAUAGAUGCAGAAAAUCUUAAAAUUGUUCAACUCCACUAUCUAUUUCAUACUUCAAAAAUAUUCUCACUUGAGUUCAUUUAAAUAUGUUAAGAGUGAAACAUUAACAUCAAGGAAUUAAAUUAUCAUUUAAAUUACAAUAUUAGGAGGGUCAACUAAUAUUUAUUGUUUUGAUUCACCAUCUUAAAUUGAAAAUUUUAAAACGUAAAUGUCCUCAUCACUUAUUUUUAAGGGUGCCACCUAGCAGCGCAAGUCCUUACAAGAAAGAAACUAAUGAAAUGUUGCAACUUCAACCAAAAAGAUUUAUCUUCAUAGAUAUACCCUACUUGAGUGCUGGAGAUUGAGAGAUUAGAGUGAAAUAAAUAUUAUCUUGAGGAUUCAGAAAAAAAUUCAUUUUAAGUGUUUUUAAAUAAAUACCAAGGAUACUCCUCUUUAUGUAGAUACCAAAAAAAAUAAAAUUGAAGGCUUCAAGUGGAAUAAACUGACUGUUAACAUUAUCAUAUUUUUUGGAGGUAGUAAAAAUGUGUCACCAUUUCUAGGUAUUCUAAUCUUAAUAUAUUUAUGUAGUAUUAACAAAUUUCCAUUGUAACAAUUUUGUUACCAUCAAAAUGAGAAUUAUCUUAGUUUUUGAAGUUAACAGUUUUAGAAUAAGUUGAGAACCAACUUAGUUUCUCAUUUUCUGAAUUAGAAAUUCAAGACGUGAUAUGAAUAGAAUUUUUUGUUGAAAUAAUUUUACCCCUUGCUUCUUUAAAUCAUUACUAGUAGCCUUUAAGGGGUUAUUUCUAAUGUUUUUUUCCUCAUGAGUAAUUCUCAAACGCAACAAAUGAAGAAUUUAUGUCAACUUUAUGGAGUUGAGGCAAAAAUAUUGACUAUAUCUCCACACAUUGCUGUGCACUUCUCCCUUUCCACUCUUUCCCAUGUUGCUGUUGUAACUCUCUCUCUCCCUCUCUCUCUCUCUCUCUUGUGUUGUAACACUAGCACAUUAGCAUUUUUGUCGUGUUACCAGAAGACAAAUCACAUAAGAAGUUUGAAAAUGGAUUUUUUAAUUACACUGAAAUCGCAGAUAGUAGAUGGGUGGGUUGGGUCGCCACGGCCCUUGGCCCAGAGGCGGCUCGCUUUUCCGUUGUUUAAGCACCGAGCCCUCUUGCUGUGGGUGCUGCCCGGGCUCUGUCCCUGUGAAACCCUUGUAAAACCUGUGUUGCAGAGCAAAUGCACUACUCUACACAGUAGCCGGAUCUAAGCCCUCUCUGGGGUCUUCCUUCUCGUCUUGUUUUUCGCGGAUUAAUUUCACGGCCCAUGGCACUGAUGCAAUGCCAGAGGCUGGUGCCUCGUCUUCUCUAUCGGGGCCUGCGCCACAGAGAGACCUCCGUUUCUUCUUUGCUGUAAUCUUCUCUUGGCCUGAGCAUGAUCCCUGUGUUCUCCCGCUUAGUCAGACAAUUUAAAUUUCUUGGAAGAAAGUACAUGUGCUGUGGUUGCUUGGUCGCUGUUUACAUUUCAUAAGGGGCCGAUGCUGAAGGGUUAAUUCGGGUUUGUAUUAACAGGUGGGGAAACUCUCGAGGCAGUUUGAGUUUUGGCUCCCAAGGUACAUUGCUGACUUCUUUUCAGCUCAACUGCAUACCAUUUCCGUAGAUUGACUUUCGAGCUUGUUGGAUUAAUUCUUCUUUCUCGAUCAACGUCAGUUUCAUGGACGGGAUGCACGUUGGCAUUCUCUGUCUGCCAAAGAUUCCGAAGCAUUGUGACGUGCGCUUAUAAGUUGAACAGUAAUGUUUCUUCUAGUCAUAAUGAGUCUGAAGCACUGACCUAUGCUUGUAUCAGCAAGGUAAUUUUUUUGAUAAUUUUUUGAUAAUUUUUUUAAUCAUUUUCCUUGUGGUAUUUCUAUCUCUUAUACAGGAUUUCAAAUCUUCAUUGUUGUAGUUAUCUUUUGGUCAGAAAAACGGGCUCACUAUAAUGUUGAGAGAUGUUAGGUCGAUGUCAACUCAGGCAAAAAUGCCUAUGCAAGCACUAAGGCAGGUAACUCACCAAGUUUUUCUAACUUCUAUUUUCCUCCGUAAGAAUUCUUCAAUAUCUUAAUGAGUUCUUCUGAUUUCCUGUCUUCAAAUUUUCUUGGAUGAUGUUCAUGGAGCAGCAAUGCUUGGACGUUUCCAAUGAAUUCUUGCAUGGAUGACACUGUCCCAUUAUUCUCCUCGAACUAGAAAUGUGUGAAAAGUCUUCAGAAUUUGCUUUUAUUUUGAAGUCUCUACUUUUUUGAAAUUUGUGUCUGUCAUAUUAUCUGGAUGGUGAAUGCUAAAUUUAUGGGCAUUUUCAUGCAUGUAGAGUUUAAAUCUUUUGUAUGUGCAGGGGGGUCUGCAAGUAACGAUGUUAAGCCCAGGCUUUGUCUAUGAGCCUUACAAGCCUCGGGAACCCAUCCCUUUUUGGAGAAGGUUAGUUACAAGUUUUAUAAAUUCUUUCAUUCGAGUUUUACGUACUAGGUUCUGGUGUGUGUAUCCCAAAGAAAUGAAGAAGUUAUGAGUUCCUUUUCUUUUAAGGUUUCUGUAAGUUUUAUAAGAAUCUGUUGCGUCUGUUCUUUUUGUGUGGUUUGCUGUUAUAUUCUCUUUCUUGUCAUACUGACAAACAGUCUGCGAUGAUUGAAAAAAUUGUACAUCGACUUGCUUUUUAUUGCUUAUCUCUUUGUCAUAAGUUUAUUUCCUUGUUCAACCCCUAUCUCCUUUUUAGUAACAAAUUAGGUAUGGAUUCGUACAUUCAUAUUGCUUUCUAUUUACUGUCAUGUGGUGUUAUAACAAUUAGCAUUUUUAGCCUUUGGCUCCCAUCUAGAGAGUUAUUUAUGAGGAAGUGUCUUGGAUAACUCAUGCUUGGAACUGUUCAUGAGCUACUAAACUUGUCUUGUCAUGUUGGAGUUUCCCUUUUUUGUUUGACUUAUAUUUAAUCAGUUUCUUAUUUUAUCUACUAUUUUUAAAUUUAAUUAUGUUCAGACUAUUGAGCAAAACCACCUUUUUCAUGUUGGAACAUCUGAAAAUCAUGGUAUUGAUCUUCUCCCCUUUAUCUUCUUUCAUGAGCUACUAGGUUUUUUGGAAUUGACAGAUGUGACUAAUGAGACACCUAAAUCACUCUGUUAGUGAAUACAAUUUCAGUAUAUACACAGUACAUGUCAGGGUGUCUCAUUUAUACCUCAUAGCUUAAAGUCAGAGGAUUUGAUUGGGUAUUUUCGUACCUAAGAAAUUAGGAAUCUUAGUUUAGAUAAUAGGAAAGACUAGAUAUAAACAUCUCUUUUUUUUAGUAGCAUGGUAUGAAUCUUUUUAACUUUUACAUAUUUACAUCGCUUGCAGGAUCGUUUCGUGAAAGAUCAAUUUAAUUUUUUUCUUACUUUUAUGAUUCUGUCUUGAAAGAAAAGUCAUGGUCAAAGGGCUUAUGCAUUACUUGGAAUUAAUCUAGAGAAUGAGGUAAAAGGCAAGUGCAAUAAAAGUAUUUAUGAUCUUUUGAAGGGUAGGGAGUAGUUCAAGAGUGAAUGAGAGAGCAAUCCAAAACACAGUUGCCUUGCGUUUGGUAACCAGUCUGACAAGUCAGAACCAAAGGAAGCCUUUGAUAUAAUAUUAUGUUGAGGGAGUGAAGUGUUCUUGGAAAUCGCUAAUAAGUUUUUCAUGCCAUGUGUGUGAUGAAGCUGUGGAGUCUCAGUAAUGAUUUUGGCUUGAAAUAGCGAGGGAAAUUUAGUAUGAAAAGUGAAGGAGUUUUCUGCUUCAGAUGUCUUUGUUCAAAGCGUUGAUAUUGAAAAUUUUGAGUGACUUAUUUCUUUUGGAUUUCUUUUUGUGGACUUAGUUCAGUGUAUGCCUUCUUCUUACUUGACUCUAGUGUACUCUUUGAAAUGUUAAGAUCACAAGGUUCUGUACAGAUGUAAAAUCAUUGUACCAUUCAUCAAAUUUCAUGCUUUGAAGUGCCACUGUUUAGCUAAAUUGAAUCAUGGGUUCAUGAAUUCAUUUGUUGAAUUCAGAUGUAAUGCAAUUGUUGUAGGUUGAAAUAAUUUUUUCAUGUAUAUUCAGAUGUGCUUGGAUGCCCUUUGAGAUUGUAUUCAAAUUUAAUGUACAGUGUUGUUUUCCUCUUCCUUUUUUAUCCUUAUAUGAAUAUACAAGGUGGUUCACCCCAAGUGGUUGGAGAAGAACGAAGGAGGAUAUGAUAAUGGAGGUACUUUCACAACCUCCUCUCUUAUUUUACAUGCAUAUUUUGUUCUGGGUUCAUUAAAAAAAACUAUUGUAACUUUAUGGUUUAUCUGAUGUACUUUCUAUACAUUGAAAAUGUUAUGGUAAACAUGUCUAUCAUAAAAACUAUCAUUGACAAAUAUUUGACCUCAAAGCUGUUGUGAAUUUACUCACUUUAGAUGAGCAUAUUACUCCAACUUAUCAUUUAUAUAUUUCUACAAAACACCUUAUGGGGUUGGAGGCUAUGAUGAGAGAAAAGUUCUAGCUCUAGAUUCAAUGAAGAUUUCUUCUCUUUACUACCCCCAUCCAAAUGCCCAGCGUAUUUGUAUGAUGCUGCACGAGCUUAUUAACAACGAUUAUUGUUGCUUAAUUUUCACUGUAUAUCUUCAAUGGAGAUUGAAUCCUAAUCCUAAUAUUUUGGAGAAGCAUUCGAUGCCACAAUAGCUUUGUCAGAGAAUGUUGUCCCAUGAUCCUUUACAUCAUUUGAUUUUUGAUAAGAUAUGUGCAGUAUUCUAUAGCUGAUUUUCUAUCAUUAUGACAUGUAGCCCAGUGAACAUUCGGAUACCUCCCAACCGGCAAAUUGUAAGUGGUAUUGUAUACCUUGUCGUGGUCUUCACCUAAUAUAAGGAAGGAUCCUCUCAAUAACCUCAUAUUAGGAAUUCCUUGUGCAUCAUAUGAUGACAAUAUAAGUUAUGCUUGCCUUGGUCGAAGACAUGCACAAACACUUACCCACCAAGCUUUAAUAUUUUCUUUUGUCAACAUCAGAGAGGCUUUCCUGUGAUGACUAUGUGACCAACAUAAAUAUUAUAUUUGCGAAUUUUCUCAUAUCUCUGCUCUAGAAAUAAGCUGUGAUCAUUGUUACUUUGUUUUUAGCUAAAUUGACUGGAACAAUCUUGAGUCCAUCAAACCAUGCCUAUGAAGGUUAUUUUAAGCCAUACAAGCGUCUCUUUGAGACAGAAACUUUACCAAAAGUUGCGUUUUUGAAGAUUACAUUGUGCUAACUUCUUCUUUAAGAUCUCCAUUUGAAUUGACACUUGUUACUCCUGUUGAUUGAACGAUUAGAAGAACUCUAGAUUAUGUCUAGGGGCGUGAGAUGUUCAGUUCAUAGGGUUUUAAAACCCUUCUCAUUCUGCAUGGGGAAAAAGUGGGUUAAAUGGCUAUGCAAAGUGGACGUCUGUAUCAAUUUUGGACCUUGCAUAUCAUGGUAAGACGGUUUUAUAGGUGAUUAUAUGCACCUUUGUUUACUUUUGGUAAUGAAAGAAUUUCUUGGUCCUGUCAAUAUGAAAAAAAUAUAGCUGUUUUCAUAUGUACUAGAUCGGAUUAUUUAUCAUCAUUACUUUAUGAACACAGUACUAUCAGUUUUCAAAACAGAUUUGUGAAAUGUAAUUAGACACUGCGACCAAAUGAUUAUUCUCGUGGGUAUGUCUUUUUGGUAGCAAUACGCAGAUGACUAUGUUAUUUGACUGAAUAUAGAAUGGACUUCGGAGUGUUAUGUAUCAAAGGAAUCAUUGAUGAUGAGGUUGUACGAGUAGUCUGAACGUUAGUAAGAUAGCUCCAUAACAUUGAUGAGGGUGUCCUGUAAAUUGUUUUCCUAUAAAUGGGUUGCUGAGGAUGCCUUCAAUGAGUGCUUCCCUUUGGUCUUAUCUUCCUUAUCUACUGUCUUUCCUUUCUCACUUUUUCUUCUUCCUUCUGAAAACAAAAGUAACGAGGGACUACUAGGAAAUCUCUUGAUGUCUGAUAUAAAUGGCUAUCAUAUAUAAAAGUCUAAAGUUGAGAACUGUUACCGACAAUUUGUUCAUAUGUUUAAUGUACGCAGCUCAAGAACGCUUAUACUGUUGCACGUCUGCGGAAAAAAACUGGGUAUUCGAGGAAGGAAUUCUACCAAGAGGCGCUCAAACUAUACAAGGAGGUCGUCUUUAUUUAAUUCUGGCUUUUGAACAUUAUUUAGAGAAACAGAAUUUGUAAGCCGUAUAAUUUUUUUAUUUUGCAAGCCGUCUUUAUUUUUUAUCAAGAGGCGCUCAAACAGAAUUUAAUUGCAUUUUUCUCCUGAGAAAUUUGAUUAGCGAUUCUUUCAAAUUUAAGACACCACCCCAGGUGACACAUUACCCUUCUGUUCAGCGGUUCUAAACAACUGUCAGUGCUGCAAAGCAUUACACAGCACUUGUUCCAGGGGAAGUACCUAUUUUUUGAACAUGACAAGCUAAAAAUUAUAUAUUUGCAAAUCUGACAAUCAGAACAGAGAUGUAAAACUGUCAAACACUCAGAAGUAUCGUUAUGCCUCUUGACAUUCAUGGUGGCUUUAACUUGUAAUUCACCUGAUCUGUGGAGGUUAUUCUCGAGAAUUUUUAGCUCUCUUCCACUGAUUUUUUCCGUCGACUGAUCCUCAAGCCUUCUUUAUCACUACUUUGUUCUCAACACCAGACUAAUAGCAGUUCCUAUGCCCUUGCCUUGAAUGUCAUUCUAUGGUUCUGCAUCUGGAACUAGUUUUCACAUUUGGCUAUUCAUCUACAGUACUUGAAUUGCAUUUUUUUAUCAAUUACAAUACUCCUCUUUCUGUAUGUCAACAUGGGUACUGCUGCAGGGCUCCCGACAGGAAAUGUAUGUGACACUCGAACCACCUUAUCUCUGAGAGCCGUGCAUUACGAACGAGACCUGUCUGCCAAUCUAUGACUUAAUCAAGUACUUUCUCAGAUAAGCCCUAGUGACUGAAAAAAGUUGUUCUAGAUGUUACCGGAUGCAAACACUGACUAGAUAGUAAAUGGAGCAUUGUCUCCCUGUUGGCAUAUCCUUUAAUCUUCCCAACCCUGGAAUAAUUCGCUUGCAUAUGUAUGUGUAUUUUUGGGGUCACUUUGUUACACUUUUGAUGUGAGAUAUCCACCUUUACAUCCGCGUCCACAACUUCAGUUCCAAUGCCCUUCACAAAUGAGCAUCUCCUGGACAUUCUUUUCAACAAUAUACGAUUCUUCCCUUGAUCCUAGUCAUUUGAAUGCUGAAUUUUUUUCGCAGCAAUAAUCAACCCAACCCCCUCCCCCAUCCAAAAUAAAGGAGAAGAGAACGUAUCCCGGCCAUGAGGCUCUUUUUGGUGGUAGAGUGACGGAGUUUCGAGACCUUUCCCAAGAUAUCUAGUACAAUGUUGGGCUUAGCUUCUUCUCUCUAUAGGCUUUGAGAUCCUUGUCCAUUUGACCAGUUAUGCAUGGAUAUUCUCUACUAGAAAUUCCUCUAUAACAUGUAUUUUAAUUUUAUACCUUUUAGUCCAGACUUUAUGUACUCUACUCUGAUGAAUCCGGUAUGUUACAGUGUAACCUAAUCCGGUAAAAUAUCCGAUGAAUCCAGACUUUUUGGUUUUUCUUCAAAAAAGUAUGCUUAAGAGCACUAUCAUUUGCUCUAUAUGUUACAGUCUUCCUUUCGAGAUGGAUGAUGACUAUUUCUUUUUCUUUUGCACUGCAACACCCAAGAGGCCAUGAGCUCUCCUCUAUAUCACGUCAGACUGACCUGACAUCUGUGUUGAUAUCAGGCAGCAUGGUCAAUUGUUAUGGCAAUAACCAGUCCCUGCGAGGCAGCCAGCCAUUUCAGUAGUCCUUUAGUUUAUUGUCGAUAAGUUUUAAAAUUAUUUUCCAGUUAUUUUUUCAGUUGUAGUCAGAGUAAAAUUUUAUUUUUCUAGCUAAUUGCAAAAUGGUAAUCGUUUAACUGAUAAUUGAUAAUGGGAUACUUCAGAAACUCUUAAUCUGUUCUAUGUAAUCAAGAUAUGGACAAUAUUCUAAUAUUAUAUCAGUGCAUGAUAUUGGACAUUAGAGAAUCUUUUUCAUAUAACCAGUUCGACUCCCAGCAUUUUUUUAAAUGACCAAUCGUAUGGAAGAAAGUCGUGUAGAACUAAUCAAGUAAAUAGGCACGUUUAAUGCUAACUAUGUAUGGAUUUCUCCUUUAGGAAGAAGUAGCCCAACAUAAGCAUCUUAUCAUAGUGCGAUGAUUGGGCAAGUUUUUUUGUUUUGGAGGAUUGUAUAGCGAAAAUUAUCGAUGUGAUGUCCUGCACUGAGCCACAUCAUUUAUCCCCGUCUUAAGUCCCUGCCCUGAGUACCUGCAUGAAAGAACAAGUGAACUGACCAGGGGAAGGCUUCCAGCCUUCUCCAAUGAAUGGCGAACAUAAAAGAUGGCAUCUUUCAUGUUUCAUGCUUAAUCUAUUUAAGAAGAGUUAAAGUCAUCUGCACAAGUGGGGGAAGAUUCCGUCUCUCCGUCACCACCAAUUAGACUGCUCUUGAAAUCUUUGGCCAAAGUUUACCUCAAAGACUGACCAAUUCAGAAAACAAGGCCUUACUUCAUUGCAUGAAUCACAGUCACUUUCCUUUUCAACCAUUAUGCUUUCUACAAUAUUUACAAAUUAUGAGAUGUAUGAAUACAACUAACUAAUAUCGUCUCUUAGAGCGUGUCUCACUGGUGAAUUAGUGCUAGAUGUGCCUUCAGUAAAAUUGGUCAUUUAAUUGUGUCUCCGUACAGCUUUAUACAUUUCUUAUAAGUUCUAAUAGAUACAUUUAUAUUGCCCUGACCUUUAACGUUCUUGGCUAGUGAUCAAAUUAUAUGCGGGUGUCAUCAGAUCUUGGUGUCUGGUAGUCAUAGUUUAUUUAAUUUUUCUAUGCACUUGAAUGGUUCCUGUUUCUGAUACAUUAAUCUGUAAGAGAAGCUGCUGCAUUUGAACAGCAACACACUAUAAUCUCUUAAAUUCUAAAUUCUUGCAUUUUUCCUGCUGAUAAUCUUAAAUCAGAGGAGCAACUGUAUUCUCUAGUAUUGCUGCUUUAUUGUGUCUACUAGACUGGAGAUUUUGCUGAAAUUGUAAAUGCCUUGAUUUUUCUAUUAGGUAAGUCUGUCAUCAUCCUUGUCACAACAAUCUUGGAACUGCUUGUGUUGUUUGUGAUGACUGCCAACUUGAAAUUACCUCAAGCUUUUUACAAACGACGUGGUUGCUUUAGCAGUUUUAAGAUUAUAGUGUUCGAAUUGGGUUUACCUAAAUUGGAGGAGUGUGAUUUUCAGCUCAAUUUUAACUAGAAUUGAGUUGGUUCUGAAUACAUUUUGGCAUAUUCCAUGGCUUGUGAAUAUCAACCAUACCGAACACUAUUGUCUGCCAUGUUUCAGAUUAACAUUCAGUUGGCAUCUGGAGAUAAAGCAUCAUUACGCAAGUUAGUGACAGAGAAUAUGUUUUCCGUAAGACCUGUUUCAUUUUCUGUUUUUGGUUCCUACUUUUGGCCUGCACUCAAACUUAUGAAAUAUCACUGUGAGACAUUUUCAUGAGCAUAAAAGCUUCUAGGUUAAUUGAUGGGUGAACUUGUUGAUGUCCUGAUUUAAAUUCAUGUUCUUUUUAUGGAAUGAAUGGAUAGGCCUUCAAGAAUGAUCUCAAACGAAGAGAGUCCUCGUGGAAGUCUGUUUACUGGGAAUUGGUUGAACCUGCUGUCAGAAUAAGAACUCUACGUGCACGAAUGGUAUGGUUUAAUACUUUUGUUUUUAUUCUUUUGGCAAUAAUUUUUCAGUGCAUUUUUAAUUUUAUUAUGGUUGUUUUAAUCAUCAUCAAAACGGGCUGCGCUUUUUCUUAUCUUGUUAUUUCUUUCUCAAUUUUUAGGAUUUAUGAUGGAUUUAUAUUUUAUUUUCUUUAUUUUUCAGAUUGGUGUUGAUAAGAAUGAUUUGGAUAAAGCAUUUGUUCAACUUACACUAGAGUUCCUAACCAAACAGGUGAUGUAUUGUGCAUUUGUUCUUUUAGGUGUCUAAAAACUGAGUGCUCAUUUUUGUAUAAAUGCCAAAAAAAAUUAUUGAACAAAUGAUUUUGGAGAUCUCUCUGUAUAAAUGCCAAAGAUCUCUCUGUACUUUGGAGACAAUAGGCAUACACUUCUUUAAAUGAUUGAUGGAUCUUUUGAUGUAUGCUUAUUCUUACUAUCUUCAAUGCUAGAAAAUUAUGCUUCGUUUUUAAAUUAUCCUUCAGCCUAGAAUUUCUAUUUAUAAUUUGGGGAAUCUCUGAAAGUGAUCAAUGCAUGUUGCAGACCAGCAAAGAAGAAUAAUUGGAAUUUUGUGAUGUUGAGAUCUUAAAAUGACUUUACAACUUGAAACUAUAAAGUGUACUCCAUUGAAAAUCCAUCUCCAUGUUUAUCUGGUUGUGCCUAUAAAUUUGGGAUGAUAUAAACUUGAAUAAAACGAUCUGUACUGAAUUAUCACGUACUGUCAACUGAUAGCAAUUAGUUCUAGUCCCUAUCUUGAUUUAUUUAUAUUAAGGACUUGUUUAGCUCGUUUAGACAUAGGCCAGAAGAAUUGAAUAAGCUUUGUUGUUGUACUGAUGAUGUAAAAGACAGGAAGAUUAAUCAUCAUCCUAGAAAAUUAAUACUUUUCCCUGAACCUAUACCAUCCACUAGACCUUUUCUCAUCUCUUUAUUCGCUUAUUUUACGUUGCUGAUCACGAUUGUACUAUCUCCCUCUAGCAUUACCAUUUUGGUAAUCAUUGCUGCCAUACAUACCCAAAGUAAGAUGGUGCAUGCUAAUGUCUAGAAUGGAAGGUGGAAUAUUGUGAUAGUCUAAAUUAUGUGAUAAAUAGUCGUGUCAAGUAUUUAAAUACUUGAGAGUUAACACGACAAAGAUUCUUGGUUGCUGCUAAAGCAUGCUUUUCCUUGACUUCUUUAAGACAAAUGCGUGUUUGAGACAUUGCAAAUUUUAACAUAAAACGACAAUUAAAAAAUAUUCGUAUUGUUUUUACUGAAAAUUUAUGAAAUAAUGGAAACAGUUCAUGGUGUGAAGGCAGAGACUUGAGAAAGUGAGAAUUUCAAGAAGAAGCCUAGUAAGAUUAAGCAAUUUGGUUCCCAGAGCCCUAGCCUCCAGAACCUGUCAACUUAUUUGUGUCAUUGAAUCUUUGAAAUUUAGUUUUACAUUUACUGAUUUCUUUUUGUUCUAGUCUAUCAGAAAAUUGUCGUGUCAUUUAUCAUAGUUUUGGUAUUCUUAAUGCCCUUGUUUGGUUUCUAGAGAAAUUCAAUUUUCAUCAAAUAGUUGACUGUUCGAUUUCUAAUGGUUUUUGAUCCUUGUGCUAUGCUAACUCAGAAGUUUGAAGCAUAUGAUUCAAACGGCAAUAUUGUUGGUGGUGACAAAACAAAAGAGGUGUGUGAAAUCUUUUUCAGAGUUCAUUGUGAGCACAAUUUUUUUCUUCCGAAGAAAAUGGAUUAUAAUUUGUGCAUGUCUGAAAAUGCAACCUGUUACGUGUCUUUAGAUUUCCCCUGGUCCGGAUGGAAAACUGAUACCACCUUUGAUUGAAUUGUGCUGGUUGGUAUCACUUCCAGUUGUAGAGUAUAUUCAAGUGUUGAUACACAUCAAUAAUUUCAUGAGGAAUUUGUUUGUCACGGAGUUUGCAUAAUUCACGAAAUUUACACCUAGGUUCAUUUGCAUUUACAGAAAAAGAAAGUAUUCACGAUCGUAUUUAGAAGAGUCAAAUAUGAAUUGUAGAUAAAAAAUUGAAGGAAAUGGAGUUGAGUCAGAAUUAUUUUUUCUUAUCCAUUUGAAUAAGGAUGAAAUGUAGUGGAAGAUGGUUCUCGCACACAAAUCAUUAUUUCCAUCUGUUUUUCCCCUUGUGGAUCCAAGGAACCCCUCAUGGAUUGUGGGAUACUCUUUUCCACGCCUUCUUGGAUCCAGGGAACCUAUUGGGGAUUCAAGGGACUCUAUUUUUAUCCUUGUGGAUUCAAGGAACACCACUUUCAUUCCUUGUAGCUCUAAGAAUUUUAGAUUUCCUUCUUCGUGGAUUUAAGGCUCAGUUUUCCUCCAUAGCUUGUGGUACAUUAAGUUGAAUCAGGGCAAUGUCUUGAAUCCAAGGCUUGCCUUGGUAAAGAUGUCUCACAUUUGUUAAGGGCCAGCUUGCUGGCAUCAUAAUUUGUGAACCAGAAGCUCUAUGGAGAGCUAAUUGUAUGGCUUUCAAAACAGUGUCACUCAGAAUUUAUACAACUCACAUCAUAACCUGUGAGAGCGGCUGCUGAGGAUUAUCGCAUUGGAGCCUAAGUGCAACUUUGACAUAGUGACAAGAUGUUUGCUUGACGAUCACAACACUCAUCCACCACACGUGAGGAAAUUUUUGUAGAGAUUGGACGACCUUUUAGUAUUUGAAGAUUCAAAGGAAAGUAGGCUAAGCUUUUUGCAGAUAAGUUGAAGGGUGACAGAUCAACAUUAUAAGAGCAGGUCAUGGCAACCUGCGAAAGAGCCAGAAAGUGCCAGGAUAUACCCGGUUGAGAAUAGAGAAAUUUCUAAAGUCUAACUUGCUUUCUCAACUUAAUUUAUCCACCAACAGAUGACACUUGUGGAUUGGUUCUGAUGAGGAAUAACCUUUCAAGAAAUGAGGAAGUCUCAAAAAGUGCUUCUCAAAAACUUGCUUUAGCCAAUUUCGCUUGUAUAUUUCUCUUUCCUAAGGGAUAUUUUCUUUUGGCUUUCGUUGUUAGCAAAGCCUAUUAGUUAGGAGUCCUAAAGCUAAUUUAUCUAGUUAAGCUAGGACGAAAUGUGGAGGGACAUGGUUUUUCAACCUAAAAAAUGUAGUGUAAUCUCUUCUCUCUCCUUGUAUAUUCUGAUAGAACCCUUUUCGAUUUAAGGGCUCCCUCUUUGUUGAUCAUUCUUGACUAAGGAGCCAAAUUUUGUUCCUGGUACAUUCAUAUUUCGAUCUUUCACCUUGAUCUCUGUUUUGCAAGAACGUUUCUCAUUUUUUCUUAUAUUUAAGACGAGUAUCAACUUUACAAGUUAUGGUUAAUUGCUGAUAAUAUCGUCAAGUAUAAAAAAAAUGCAGAGCAACUUCUUACAAAGGCUGGUUGAAUGGUGUCAUUUAAUAAUGCAGGAACGCUUUGAAUAAAAAGGUAGAAUCCGGACAACUAGGAACGCUUCAACCAUUCAUAUAGUUCGGCCUGUUUGAACAGCCCCCUAGUUCCUGUAAAUUUUGGAAGGAUCUGGAGAAAAACGGCAAUGACGAAACUUGGUAAGGGGAGUCAUCUUCGCACUACUAGUGACAAUGACUGUGAGCUUAACUGUAACAAGAAUUGAUCAUUCGGUUUUGGACAAUUUGCAGUGUCUUGAUUGCUUUGUUGACUCCAUAUGAUAUUUCAUCCAGAGGGAUAAGAACAAGGUUAUGGAUUUGUAAAGUUGUGUGACCAUGUUGACUCCACGAUCAUGCUUGAGCUGCUGUCAUCGUCCAUAUGAGUUGUCCCUUUGAUCUGUUCUCACCUAGAUUAGUUAGGGGAUUGAAGAACCUAGGAAGGGUUUUUUCAUUUACCAAAAUGAUGAAAAAAUGUUAGAUCUAUGAAAAGUUUCAGCGACAUAGGCAUCACGCUAUGUGGUUCUGUUGAUGCCAUCAUUGAUAUGCUCCUUAUUUCCACAAUGUGAUGUCGGCAAAAAUAAUAGAAAAAUUCAAGGGUUUGGCUUAAGCUUUUAAACCAGCUGCAUGCGUGGUCAACCUCUGCGAGAUAACUUUCUAUUAGCCGAAUAUUUGGCAACAUUCAGUGGUUUAUGGCUUGUCCAUGAAGAGCAGUAGAGGGGACAUGUUCUCAGUGGGUUUGUCUUUUUUUCAUAAUGCUUCAAGGUUGUUUCUUUAUUUCGCUCUAGGUAAAUUGAGUCACUUGAGCUCCAAAUAUUUGGCAUAUAAGUUUUAAUGACCUGACUGAAGCAUGAGGUGAAUAGUGGAUGCAUAUUCCAUCUACUAUGAGAAAUUAAUUGCUUUCAGUUUCAUCUCUUGGUUCCUGAAACCGUCAUAGACAUCUAUUAUUCCAUUAUUUUGCUGCUCCAAACUUCUUUUUUCCUCUUUUUUCAAUCUCUCGUGGUCCAAAUUCCAUUCGUUUGUACAUGAAAUGAAAUCUCAUGUUGGAUUGGAUACUUUUUUUCAUUUGAUGGCGUGGACUGGCUAGGAUCAAAAUUUUCAAGCUGUACAAACAAUAAAGCUAGGAAGGCAUGGCAUGCUUUUAUUCCUGAAAUGUUCCAUGCAGGGGGAUGGUGUGGGGGGGGGAAUGUAGGAUUGGCAUACCACACCAUCUGUGGCUAACCAAAUCUGUACAAGCCUCCCCAAAAAUUUCCACCGCCCUGUUCCUUGUUGCCCUGAUGUCUUGUCCAGUCAUUCACCAUAACUACUGUAAGAAUACUGUUAUUUACAAUAUGCAACGAAUAAAAUUAUAUAAACAUUGCAGUAUGGUUUGACAAACCUUGAUGAGUUAUGGCUUUACUUGCUGGUAAUGCUGCAUUUUUUUUCCAUAAAAGGCAUAUUUUCAGUCAUUUUUCUAUGCAAAACUUCUGCAAGUGUCUGGGAUGUUGCAUAUUGUUUCGUUCCGCCCAGUGAAUAUCAAAUAGAACGUUGUCCAUCACUUUAGGAUAUUGCCUAUUUGACUGAGAUAUCUCCUCUUCACACACAGGUUCUUGUGCGUGACAUCUGGGUUUUGGAGAGGUCUCUUUUCCACCCUGGAUCAUAUUGGCGACUCUGUUCAAGGAUAUCGUUGUAG